GUGCUGGCGGAGAAACGGAGCUUGGGCAGCAGGGAUGGGCCCCCACACCUCGUGGUUCUGGUGCCGCUGCACAGCAGGGCUGCAGCCCACGACACCCUCCGCUUGCUGCAGAGCCAGGACCCGGCUGUUGUCUGUGUGGAUGAGGGGCGAGCUGGUGGCUUUGCGCUCCUCUGUCCCCGACUCAAGCAGCGCUGGCGCUUUGUGACAGCACAGGCAGGGGACCUCCAUGCUGUCUUAGACCUAGCAAAGGUUGCUGACUCACUCCUGUUCAUCCUGGAUUCUGCAGAUGGCUGGGACAGCGCGGGGGAGCACUGCCUCUCCUGCCUCUUCGCACAGGGGCUCCCCACUUACGCUCUUGCUGUCCCAGGGGGCACUGACUUGCCACCUAAGAAGCGGAUAGAUGCCAGGAAGAAACUUGCCAAAGCCAUUGAGAAGCGCUUUCCUGAGGCCAAGCUCUUCCCCCUGAACACGGAGCAGGAGUCCUCACUGCUGCUGAGGCACCUCGCCACCCAGAAGCAGCGGCAUCUCGCUUUUCAGGACAGGCGGGCUCAUCUGCUCGCUUAUGCUGCUGAGUUUGUGCCUGGUCAGGAGAGUGACCUGGUUGGGACCUUGAAGGUGUCCGGCUUUGUCCGGGGACAGACCCUCGACGUGAACAGCCUGGUGCAUAUUGUGGGGCAUGGAGACUUCCAGAUGAGCCAGGUGGAUGCUCCCCCCGACCCCCUCUCUUUGAACCCCCGAGUGGUUAAAGGACAGAAGAGGAGUCAGGACAUGGAGGUACAGGAUGACUCUGCAAACGGUACCGAUGAGAUGGAGGAAGAUGUUAAAGUCCUUAUGAAGGCAGAUCCCAGCAAGCAGGAGUCUUUGCAGUCAGAAGUAGUUCCUGAUCCUAUGGAAGGGGAGCAGACAUGGCCCACUGAAGAAGAACUGCAAGAAGCAGAGGCUUCUCUGAAGGCAAACAGGAGGGUGGUGAAGGUCCCCAAAGGUACAUCCAAGUACCAGGCUGCCUGGAUUGUGGAUGAUGGAGAAGAGGGCAAUCAGGAAGAUGAUGAUGAUGAUGAAGAUGAUGACAUCGAUGAUGAUAUGAUGGAAGAGGCAGUUUCCCAGGAGGGGGGAAGCAGUGAGGAGGAAGAGGAGCCUGCAGAGGAGGAAUGUGAGACCAUGACUGUUUCCGAGUGCUUGCGGGAUGACCAGUACGAUGAGAAGGUGGAAGAAGAUGAACAGAUGCUGGAGAGAUACAAACAGGAGAGAAUGGAUGAAAUGUUUCCGGAUGAGGUGGACACGCCACGUGAUGUACCUGCCAGAGUCCGGUAA